AUGGCCAUAGAAAAACACUCUCUUUCAAAACAAAGUCUUCUUAUAGCUUUCAUUCAAUCGGAAACAAUAUCGAACCUUCAAGUACUUUCAACCCAGCGCCAAAUGAGCCUUGGAAUAGGGUUAUUACCGUACGCGCGUGAACAGUCAACAACUCUCAACACUGAAAACUCUUCUGUGGAUGGAUAUAUUCUAAUUAAGGCUUAG